ACGACAUCAUCGAUUUUUCCCCCCACCACCAGCCCAGCAUCCCAACCCACUCCCCAGCUCCUCCCUCCUCCCUCUUCUCCCCAGCAACCAACAACACAAUGCCCCGCACAGUAGCCGACGCCACGCGCUUCACCGCGACAGGCCCGCACGCCUUCUCACAGUCCCACGCCUCCUCCCCAGCGGAAACACCACAGCAGCGAGUCGCCCGCCUGCGCGAUGCCGCGCGCCGCGCCAAGGAGCACCGCGUCGCCGGGACAAUGUUCGAGCGCAUUCUGGACCGCGGCCGCGCCGUCGCCGACAAGGCGCACCGCGUGGUCGCUGUCGGACUCAUUGGCGGCACGGUCCUCGCGGGCGCCGUCACCGUCUAUGCCAUGACCGAUAUGAUGAUCUUUAAUCGCAGGCGGAGGGCGGAGUUGGGGCUCGCGAAGGGAACGCCCGUGCCCGCUGCUACGCCGGCUGCGCCGCCCGUCGAGCACCACCAGCCGCCCACGGAAAAGGCGGAGGCAGCUGCGGCGGAGGCUGCGGCAUCGAUCGGCCCCGUCGUCGGCCCGUGGACGAAGUUCAAGUCCUGGGCGCUGUCGGGGAUGACGCCGGCGGACCAGGAGUACAAGACUGCGUUUGAGCGGCAGCGCGACGAGGAGCGGAAGCAGGCUGAGGCUGUUGUGGCGCCGAUCGUGGUGGAGCUCACGCGAGAGGGCAGGGAUGCAGGCGAGAGGAUCGAUAGGCUUGGUGCUGAUGAUUUGGUUAAGGGGGAGAAGCCGGCUGGCGGGAGUGUCGGCGUGCUUAGUAGUGUUACUGGGUGGUGGAGUGGGAGGUAGAUAGAUUGAGCAUCGGCAACAAGUGGAGGGGAGGAAGAGAAGCGGGAGUGGAGGAUGGAGAGGAUCAAUGUGGAAAAGUAACUGGUUGCGGUUGUAUAUAUAUUUCUUUUUCCUUGACUCAACUAGAUGUUAUUGAUAUGAUGUGACUGCAGUCCGUCCUGCCCUCGAUUCUUUUUGGACUGCAUACAUAGUCCGU